UGUGGAGGUGGAAGAAAAACUGAAGGACAAGGCUCAUGAGGUCGCUCUCUUGCAUUUAUUAGAAGACAAUUCCAGAAGGGCAUUAAGGGGGUUUAUUGCCUGUCCGGUUUGCUAGGGAAUGGCAUGUAGCUUGGGACAAACUAAAAGAAGAGGAGAUAUAACAAAAAAAGGGUGAUUAUAAAUAGCUACUAGAGCCCUCAGAAGAUUAAUUACUUAUCUAGCUAGCUUUAAACCUUCAUAUUUUAAUCCAAUUUAAGUUUUUUUUUGGUUUCCAAAACCAUGACCAUCAUUGCAAAUGUCUCCUCUAUGAUCUAUAAAACUUCAAGAAUUUCCCAAUAUAUUUAAGAAAGUGUCCUUGAUUUUACUGACAAAUUAUGGCUGGAGGUUGACUGUCAAAUUCAGCAACCAGUGCUAUAAGUGAAUGCUGUAUCUCAAAAUGUGGUUAUUUGAUAUGAGUUGCAGAAAACAUGCCAAAAUAUGUAGAGGACUUUCGAGUCAGAUGAGGCUGACACCUGUCAUUACUGUCAUUCAAGUGUAGUACCAUUCUGUCAUAUUGUGCAAAAGCACAGGCACACAGAGCCUCAGUUUGGAAGGCUGCAUCAUGGUACAUUAACGUACUGUUGCAGCUGCAGUCCAAACAAGCUAUGUCACCCUGUGCUAAUUGGGGUCACAGGCAUUUUUACUGACUGGAGUCAUGUUGUUUAAAGGAGUUUGCUGUAUUGAACUGAGACUGAUAGCGUCAUGCUGACAAUCGUUUUCUAGUUUUAAGACGGUUUGUGCUGUAAAGUUUAUGAACAAUGUGAUGCGAGGCACACACUGCAGAGAGGAAUUUCUGUGCUUUUGUGGAACAGGUGCUCUGUCUCACAUUUGAUCUUUAAUGCUCCACCAAGGCAAAGACCAGUCAAGAGAGAACUCUGUCCAGAAUCUUGCAUUGGCAGGUGUCGAACUGAGGAAGCAUAAGAACAAAAACUACAGUCAGACCUCUAGUACCGUUGGCCAUAUGAUUACCACAAGGAGGUUACCUUCAGAUAAACCUGUCCAUAUUUCCCUGAGCCUAGAUGACCUUACAGAAUUGAAUAUCCCUGACGACUUCAUUCCCAAUGUUUAUCUUCAACUUGAUCAGCACCUCCAGCCUCUGCAGCCAUGCCUCAACUCCAAAGAGUCAAUGCUGGUGUUUCAGAAGCACUGCAGGAUAGCUGAAGAGUACCACAAAGUGCAGAAAGAAAUCGCAGUGCUACAAGAACGGAAGAAACAGCUGAUUGCAGAGCUUGAUCAGGACGAAAAGGAUCAAUUGAAUGGCACUCUCUUAACUCAGGAAUAUCAGCAGCUCUCUGAAGAGAACCACUCUCUGACCUCCUACCACUUACAGUGCAGAGAACAUCUAGAGAAACUUCAGGUGUUACUGCAGCAGCAACAAGGAUCUUCCUGAUUCCCAAUUCCUUGCACAUGGCAGAAAUUUUAUAACAAACAAAAUGCUGAAAUAGCUGUGCAAUCUUCUUUAUAGAUUCAGAGAAUCAAUUGGAAGAGUUGGUAAGAGGGGAAGCCAUUUUGGUGGUUCAUGAUAUUUCUGGAAGCUGAUUUUCAGCACUGCUGGUUUUCCAGAUGAGCUUUUAUGUGUAGACAGCACAAAGCAAAAUUAGAUUUGCUGACAUCAAAGAGUACAACAUGGUAAGGGUUAAAAAUUCCUAGAUGUUGUAAACAAAUAUCAAAUUUAUCAUUGUUCUUUGUUAAAGUAAAUCUAAACAUGCAAGAAUUAUUGAUAAAAUCCUUGUAUAAUGGUCACAUUAAUGUUGAUAAAGAAUGUUUUUAUCAUAACAGAUUGUUCUGUACUUAAAAUUAUUUGAAAAAACAUUGCGUCUAUAAAAAUUGUGAUUUCUUUUUAAGUCUACAGUGCAUGUGUGCGAUAAACAUGUGAAAGAUGUUUGUUGAAGAUUUCCAGACAAAUCUGGAAAUCAUGAGGAUAUUCUGAGAUACGUGUCUUUUCAAUUUUAGUCCAUUGCAAAUUAAAACAAAUCUGCAUUAACAGAAUGGGUUAAUCCUGCAGGAUUCUCAUGCAAUGUACACCAUAGGUUUCUGUAUUUUCUCUUUGGUGAACCAGGAAUACAGAAAGCACAAGUGCAAAUGGACAUCUUAUUUCAAGUUAUUAUCUUAUGAUUUUUAUAAACAUAAUUAAAUAUUUUAAAAUAAUAUUACUUUAGUUUUUUGAGGAUACUUUUGGCAAUUUUACACCGUUUUUUUACAAGGUGCAAUUAUAUUUAGCCAGUGAUCUGAAGAAUACAUUGAAAUGUUGAAUAUUUCCAGUUUUUUCUCAUUGCGUACUAAUUCUUUUAGUAGUUAAUGUAUCCAACUCUUCUUCCUUAUCAAUUGUUUUGAAAUGGUAAGUGCAUACUGUGAAAUAUGCACAUGAUAUUAAGUACUCAAGUAAGAAAACUCAAAGCUGGUCUCUUGUGGUUAUUGUUUUAUUUGAAAUAGAUGUACAACUACCUAUAACUUUAAUAAAACUUGGGUGAAAUGUGUUUUUUAUUUAUUGAACUUUAUAAAUAUAUACAAGUUUAGGUUGUUUGAGCAGUUUCAAUAAACUUGACGUAGCUAACUCAA